AGAAAUGGCAUUUAUUAAUUUAAAUUUAGUAAUAAUAAUGAGUUUUUUUUUUUGGACUUUGUUGCAUGCCCAUGUGAACAUAACAUUGAUGGACAUUAAAAAUGGCUUGCUUUCCUCAACCCCUUCUUUUCUUCACACUAGACAGCUACACAGUCUUUCUCUCUCUCUCUCUCGAUCUUGGCCAAGCCAUAGAAAGCAACAAACGCAUAAAGAGUUUCAGAAAAAGGGGUUCAGAAAGCUAUCCAAUUCCACAGCCUUUUCCUUUUUCUGUUUUUGUAACUGAUUCUGAUCAUCUCACUUCCAACCAGCUUGCAAAAUGGCAAAUUCUUCUGCUUAUUUAACUAAAAGUAUGAAGAGAUUAGAAUCCAAAAAGUCACAUUCAUGGUGGUGGGAUAGCCACAUCAGCCCUAAGAAUUCAAGGUGGCUGGCAGAAAAUCUCGAGGAAAUGGAUCGAAGCGUCAAACAGAUGCUGAAGCUGAUUGAAGAAGAUGCAGAUUCAUUUGCAAAAAAGGCUGAGAUGUAUUAUCAGAAGAGGCCGGAACUUGUAUCUCAUGUUGAGGAGUUCUACCGCAUGUAUCGUUCUUUGGCGGAGCGUUAUGAUCACCUGACGGGAGAAUUAAGGAAGAACAUACCGUUGGACCUCCAAUCUCAGGGUUCUGGCAUCUCUGACAUUAGCUCUGAUCUGCCCUCUAUUUGGCCCUCCCCAGAUAUAAAGCGGAGUCGUCGUAAAUCUGGCCCACGAGCUGCUGGUUUUGAUGUCUUCCUUGGUUCUGGUGGGAGCAACUCUGAUGUGUACCAGAAAGAAGGAGAUGAAUCAUCUUCUCUAAUAGAUUCUGAAUCAGAAUCUGAUGAUUCCUCAGUUAAUAAUUACUCAGUUUUAUUAGGGAAUGGGGGUGAUCAAGGGAUGAGCAGGAAAAUCGUUGAAUUGGAGAUUGAGCUCCGUGAAGCAAAAGAGAAGCUACAGAUGCUAGAGGAAGAGAAUAUAGAUGGUUCACUAAGAGGAGAAAGAAAUGACAAUUCUGAUCUCCUUGCUAGAAUCAGGGAGUAUGAGGAAGAACUGAAAAUUGCUAAUAAAAGAAUACAGCUCUCUGAAGAAAAAAUCACUUCAUUGAGGAUUGAGCUCCAAAAAUAUAAACCACUGGAAACAGCUGACUCGGAAUCAUCAUCAGAAGAAACUGUCAAGAUGGACAAGACUGAGCAGAUUGAGGUAUAUACUGGUGUAUUGGAGAAAGAAAAUCAACAUGCAGAUGGCAAGAUGCAGGCACUGGUGGAAGAGUUGAGUAUUACUAAAGAAAUGCUCCAGGGUUCUGAGAAAGAAAUUGCUAGUUUGAAGCUUGAGAAGAAGCAAUCUUAUGAAAAAAUUCAAAAUUUGCAAGGUCAGCUUGAUUCGGCUCAAAGAGAGAUAAUCACAUGGAAAUCCAAACUGAAUACAGAGAAAAGAGAGGUCUCCAAGCUGCAAGACAGAAUUGCUAUGUUAAAGAAUAGUUUAUCAGACAGGGAUCAUGAGAUCCGGGAUUUAAAGAUAGCUGUUUCUGAUGCUGAGCAGAAGAUUUUUCCAGAAAAAGCUCAUAUCAAAGCUGAAAUAUCAAAAUUGUUGGAGGAGCGGAUUUGUUUAGAAGAACAGCUCAGAGAGUGGGAAUCACGUGGCCGUUCCUUGGAGCAGGAGAUCAGAAAAGCUGUGAAUGAAAAAAGGGAAUCAGAAGAGAGGCUUCACGGUGAAAUUGAGCAGUUGAAACUGGAGAUUGCUAAGAGAGGUGAUUGCAUUAAAAUUUUAAAUGAAAACCUUGAGACUUUAAAAUCAGAGAGAGACAAGCUUAAGACCAAAAUUGAUUCACUCAAAGAAGAGGUUAGUUCUAAGGAUGAUCAAAUUGUUCAAAUGGACAAGCAUUUGCACCAAUUACAUAUGGAACACGUGAAGCUAAUUGCUAGCGCUGAAGGAGCACAUAAAUUGGUGGAGAAAUUGCAAUCAAAAGCUAAGGAACUAGAGAACGAGAUUGAGAGGCAAAGAAUCACUAUAUUGGAGGGAGCAGAAGGAAAACGAGAAGCUAUAAGGCAGCUUUGCUUCUCCCUUGAGCAUUACAGAAAUGGGUAUCAUAGUCUCCGGCAAGCAUUUAUGGGGCACAAGAGAUUUCCAGCUUUGACAACAUGAAUUUGCAAUGCUACAUGACACUGUUUCCUUCUACUUGGUUGCUGAGUUCUUUUGUUUGGAGUGAGAGUCCCUAGAUUAUCUUACUAUUGUCUGAAGGUGGCUUCGCUCAUCUUCCGCUACUUGUUUAACGUGAAUACGUAAAAACAGAAAUUUGCAUUUUAGACAGAAUAUAACACUUUUGCUCACAACAUUAGCGCCUAGAUGAUGCUCUCUAAUUAUCCACGGAUUAUUGGGUUAAAGACUGUCAGGAUUAAUGAAGCACCUUCAAAUUCUGGUUGUCGCUUGCCAUGGUUUUACCUAUGUGGCUGCAUGGUGCCCAUUGUGUCCGUUUAUGGUGGCUAGAACUUGGUCUCAGUUUCGUCCUGUUUCUCUGAAAUUCCGUUAAUGUGAGUUUACUAUCUUGUCUUGUUUGCAUCAGCGGAUUAUCGGGCUCGAUCGGCAUAUGCGUUGGUUUAAGCUUUUAUUUUUGUAUACUGCUUCUCAAAUUUAAGCCAUUGAUCAAUUAUGUACUGAAUCAAAAUAAGUUCAUAAAAUAUUUAUGUUGGGGGAGAAAGUUAACUUUGAUCGAUAUAGUACUCCAUCUUAUUUUACGUACCAUCUAUCAUACCUUAGCUUAUCUAGGAAUAUGAAUUUCCCUCUGCUUUCCCAGAAAUUGUUUGGUUAUUCAAAGGAUGUGUCCUUUUUCUCAUAUAUUUACCUGAUUUUGUUAUGGAACUUAACAAAAUUUAUGUAAGAAAUGCCGCCUAAAUCAUAUUCAAAUAAAAAAUAAU